AUGUCUAACUCUACCCCCCUUCGUGUCUUGGGCAAGAAUGGGCCUGCUGUGACCCCCGUUGGUCUCGGCCUUAUGGCCAUCGGCGCGUUUUACGGUACGCCUUCCACGCAGGAAGACGUUGACAAGCUGCUCUCCUACGCCGUCGAGCGCGGUGCUCGGUUCUGGGACACGUCUGAUGUCUACGGAGACUCACACAAGCUGAUCGGCAACUGGUUCGCGAAGAACAAGGAAAAGCGCAAGGAUAUCUUCCUCGGCACAAAAUACGGAUACUGCCGCCUCCCGGGCGACCCCUUCGCAGGGGCAUGCUCCGACCCUGCUUACGUCCCCGUCGCGCUAGAAAAUGCGUUGAAGGAUCUUCAAACCGAUUACAUCGACCUCUAUUAUCAGCACCGUGUGGACCCCAAGGUGCCCAUUGAGGUUGUCCUAGAGUCCCUCCGCCCCGCAGUCGAGUCGGGCAAGGUCCGCUGGCUUGGACUCUCCGAGUGCAGCGUCGAGACCUUGAGGCGCGCGAAGAAGGUUCCUGGACUUGGAGAGAAACUCAUUGCGGUCCAGCUGGAGUACAGCCCCUUCACCCUCGAUGUGGAGAAGAACGGGCUUGCGGCCGCAUGCGAGGAGCUCGGAGUCGCGCUUGUCGCGUACAGCCCUCUUGGACGCGGACUGAUGAGUGGAAGGUACCGCUCUCGCGCCGACUUCGAGCCCACCGACGCUCGCCUAUACCUCCCCCGGUUUUCCGAGGAAAACUUCCACAAGAACCUCGUCGUCGUCGACAAGGUUAAGGCCAUUGCCGACCGCCUCGGUGUCACCCCUUCCCAAGUCACCCUCGCCUGGACGCUCGCCGCCCACCCUACCUGGGCUGUCAUUCCUGGAAGCCGAUCUCCCGCUCGCGUCGAUGAGAACACCAAGGGUGCUGAGAUCACCCUCUCGUCUGAGGACGUCAAGGCUAUUAGGAAGGUCAUUGACGAGGCGGAGGUUGGUGGCAGUCGCUACAUGGAUAAUCUGAUGGGCGAGCUGGAGGGAAAUUGCAUCCCGCUUUCUGAGUGGAAGGCUUAA